GUUUUUGAGAAAGGGUCAUAAAUAUCCUGGCCCAGUGCCCCAGGAGCCAUGCCAAGCAAAAGAACAUAUCCGCCUAGAGAUAGCCCUUGUAAUAUUUAAAUGUGUGGGUUAAUUUUUUAUCUGCUUUAAUAACUGGAUGUUUUCUUCCCUCUCUACCUCUCUGUUUUCUGUUUCUGCUCCGAAGCUGUGGGCACAGACAUCCCUGCAGGCAAAUUACCCCAGAGCAUAUCACAAGACAGUCCAAUAAGGAAGGCUUAAAUUCACGGAUCCGGAGCCCUGAUUUUUUUCCGAAAUGGCAGGUGUGAGUGGCUGUUUAAAAUAUUCUAUGUUUAUCUUCAACUUCUUGUUCUGGCUGUGUGGUGUCUUGAUCCUGGGAAUAGCAAUAUGGGUACGAGUAAGCCCAGGUGGUGACGAGAUUAUCAGCUAUGGAGAUUCUUCUGUUCACUUCCGUGUUCCUGCAAAUAUCUUGAUUUCUGUGGGUGCCAUCAUCAUGAUUCUGGGCUUCCUGGGAUGCUGUGGUGCCAUAAAAGAAAGCCGCUGUUUGCUCAUUCUGUUUUUCAUAGGAUUGCUUCUUAUCCUGCUCCUGCAGGUGGCAGCAGGUAUCAUAGGAGCUGUUUUCAGACCUGAGUAUGCACGCAUUGUGAAUGAAACACUCCAUGAAGAAGCAAAGCUUUUGAGUGACACAGGUGAUGCUGCAGUGAAAUUCCAGAAAACCAUAGCCGAAUUUGAAGAAGUGUUUAAAUGCUGUGGUUUGGUAAAUGGAGCUGCUGAUUGGGGAAAUAAUUUCGAGAAGUAUUACAAGUCAUGUGAAUGUCCACCUAACUCAAAUUCAUCUUGUGCAAUUUAUGAAGGAAAGUAUGUUUACAAACAGACAUGUGUUUCUUCAAUAAACCAGUAUUUGGAAAAACAUAUUAUCAUAGUUAUUGGAAUAGCAUUUGGACUGGCAGUUAUUGAGGUACUUGGUAUGAUAUUUUCUAUGAUCUUGUUCUGCCAAAUCGGGGAAAAAUGAAUCUGUGGAGAUGUCAAGAUAUCACCAGGAAAAUCUCUUUAAACUUUUGCUAUGGCUUUGUAACUUUAAAUAUAUGAAUAUUAUAUAUGUCGGUAGCAGCUGUCAUAUUAAAAUGUCUCACUUAGCCAGAUCACAGUUAUCUUCCCGAUGUAUCAAACAUAUUUAAGAUGUGAGUGACUUAAGAAAAAUGAUAUGAAAGUGCAUUUUUACUCCAAAUAAAAACAGCACUGUUUACAUUG